AUGACUUCGCUGGACACCAGAGAGAGGCCGCUGGGUGGAGAUGAAUUAGAAAUUAAAAACGAGGGACAACAUGAUAAAAUCCACACAGCGGAGAAGCCAUAUCAAGAUUUGGAGUGUGGAGAGAAUUUAAGUCAGAACUCCCUUGCCAAUUCCCAACAAAGAAAUCCUAUUGGGAAGAAACUCUAUCCGUGUUUGGAAUGUGGAAAGAGCUUCAGUCACAGCUCACAACUCAAUGGCCAUCAAAGAAUUCAUACUGGGGGGAGACCAUUUCAGUGUUUGGAAUGUGGGAAGUCUUUUACUAUAAGCAAAAACUUCCGUCGGCAUCAGAGGAUUCACAGCCGGGAGAAACCAUUUCAGUGCUUGGAAUGUGGAAAGUCUUUUACUAUAAGCAAAAACCUCCGUCGGCAUCAGAGGAUUCACAGCGGGGAGAAACCGUUUCAGUGCUCGGAAUGUGGAAAAUUCUUUGCUACAACCUUAUACCUCCAUCGACAUCGGAGGAUUCACAGCGGGGAGAAACCAUUUCAGUGCUUGGAAUGUGGGCAGUUUUUCCCUAUAAGCAGAAACCUCCGUCGGCAUCAGAGGAUUCACAGCGGGGAGAAGCCGUUCCAGUGCUCGGAAUGUGGAAAGAGCUUCAGUCGCAACUCGCAUCUCAAAGUUCACCAAGGAAUUCAUACCGGGGAGAAAUCGUAUCAAUGCUCAGAGUGUGGAAAGAGCUUCUCCAGGAAGGACCGCCUCACUUGCCACCAAAGAUAUCAUACAGGGGAGAAACCAUACCAGUGCUUGGAAUGCGAGAAGUUCUUUACUACAGGAACAGACUUACAUCGACAUAAGAGAAUUCACAGUGGGGAGAAACCGUAUCGGUGCUUGGAGUGUGGAAAGAGCUUCAGUCGCAACUCACAUCUCAAAGUCCAUCAAAGAAUUCACACCAGGGAGGAAUAUCAAAUUCACGGUGAGGGGGAAAUGUAUCAGUGCUUGGAAUGUGGGAAGAGCUUCAGUCGGAAGAUGAGUCUCACUUUCCAUCUAAGAAUUCACACAGGGGAGAAACCAUAUCAGUGCUUGGAGUGCGGAAAGAGCUUCUCCAGGAAGGACCAUCUCACUUCCCAUCGAAGAUAUCAUACAGGGGAGAAGCCAUACCAGUGCUUGGAAUGUGAGAAGUUCUUUACUACAAGAAGCGACUUAAAUCGACAUAAGAGAGUCCACACUGGGGAGAAACCAUUUCAGUGCCAAGAGAGUGGAAAGAGAUUCAAUUCCACCAAAGAAUUCGUGUGA